GCUCCCGCCUCUCGCUAAGGAAUUCCCCGCUCUGUCUCCAUCCCAGAGAGUAGUGAAAAAAUUCGAUGUUGAUUGGUUUUACCUCACUUUCGAUGGCAGAUCCGGCUUGUGUCGGUAACAAAAGAGAGUCAAUCAAUUGGGUGGUUUGGCUAUUGUCUAUUACUGGAGAGACCAGCUAAUAGCUAUAUGAACCCUGCCUCGCAUUUCAACUUCUCAAGGCAAACACGUUACACAGCAGAAUGUGUCAACUGCACAGACUUGAGCACGUCAAUAUAGACUUGAACACAUCAACAUAGACUUGAGCACAUCACCAUGCCGGAAAUUAUAAGCACGACUCUCUGGGCCUCAGGCGCAAUUGGCUUGCUGGUCCUCUAUUUUUGCCAUGUCAACCGUGUGCUUACCACCAUGCCCGAGGAGGCUCGUCGGCUCUCCCCACAUCGUUGGACAGUCGACGAGAUCCGGGAGGCAUACAAAAGGCACAUUGAGAGCCCAAUCGAUGUAGCCAAAAGUCUUCCUCUGAAGCAGCAGCGGAGGUAUAUUGUUGUUGGCGGAUCAGGUCUUGUCGGUGGUUGGAUAGUCACCCAUCUGAUUGCUCGAGGAGAGAACCCGGCUACAAUUCGCAUCCUCGACCUUCAAGCACCUCGCCAGGAACUCCUUAACCAAGGUGUGGCUUACCUCAAGACUGACAUCAGCGAUGAAGCCUCGGUGGAGAAUGCAUUCUCGCAGCCAUGGCCGCAGCAUGUAGCACAUCUCCAAUUAACAGUUUUUCUCACCGCGGCUGUGUUGCGGUCGUGGGAGCGAUACAAGAUUUACCUCCCCCAAUGCACCAAAGUCAACGUGGAUGGGACCAGGAACGUUGUCAGGGCUGCCAAGAAUGCCGGUACAAGCUGUCUCAUCUCGACUUCGUCUGGCUCCGUAGGUAUCCAUCGGCCGUGGUACUGGAUCGCUCCCUGGACGAAACAGCCAAAGAGAAUAGUGCAGAUUAUGAGCGAGUCGAUGGAGCUCCCGAGGAGGCAUGACGAAUUCUUCGGCAAUUACGCCGUUUCCAAACUUGCUUCAGAGAAGGUGGUCCAGGGAGCAGACGAUCCACAAUCGAAUUUCCGCACGGGGUGCAUCCGGCCUACCAACGCGGUUUACGGCAUUGGAGGUUACGGCUCUGUGACAGGUACAUAUCUCCUGUCCGGCAACAAUCCUUCAUGGAUCCCGAACAUCGUCCAAUCCUGGUCCAACGCGGAAAACGUGUCCCUCGCCCACCUCCUCUACGAGCAGCGUCUAAUCGAGCUCUCUGCUCUGCCUUCAGAAGAGAAGACCAAAGAAAAAGAUAGAUCUCCUACUUCUUCUUCUUCUUUUUCUCCUUCUCUGCCAGACAUCGGCGGCCAAGUCUUCGUUAUCUGCGACCUGGGCCCCGCCCCAGCCUUCAAGGACAUCUACCUCUUACUGAGCACCCUCUCCAUCACCCCGACGACAUUUCCAAUCGUCCCCGCCGUCCCGAUGAUGCUCCUCGCCUACCUGGUCGAGGCGUAUGCCUUCCUUCAGUACCGCUAUCUGUCCCACUUCCUAUCUCCCGUGCCGAGCCCGCUGCACCAGCUCCAGCCGGCUACCCUGAACAUCUCCCAGGUGCACGUCCUAGCCGACGACCGCGGGGCGAGAAAGAGCCCCGAUCAGGGUGGGCUGGGUUAUAAUCCGCCCCUGACGACUAUGGAUGGUUUAUGCAGAGAGCUAGCGGAGUGGAAUCGGAGAGCGGGCGAGAAGCUGGCUCUUAAAUAGUCAGCUAUGCUUUAUAUAUGGAAUAAAUUUAUCUUAUCGUUCAAGCCGAAUACUCCAUCAGUGUCUUUUUUUCUACGUCUAGAGAAAAAUCAUAAAAUACCAAUGUAUUGAAGGGGCCAUGGAGCAUUAAGAAAAAGAAAG